AUGGCUCAAACAACUCGUACGCGAAUCUUACGUAUGCCAAAAAAAGAACAAGAAAUUCAUGUAAUUACAAAUAUAUCGGAUCAAAAUGAUUCUAUGAAUGCUCCACUUAUGUCUCCUUCCUCAAAUUCUACAGAUUCACCAACACCACUCUCCGGUAGUCGCCGACGUCUUGUAGAACCUGACUAUGAAGCACCACUUACAGCAAAACAUCUUCGUCCUAAUUCUCGUUGGUUCAUUGUACGCCAUAAAUUACAUAAUAUACGUGCUAUGGAUGUUGAUGAACGUAAUCAAGGGCAAGGACUUUCGAAUUUUUAUCUAAAUUUACAAAUGAAACGUGAACUAAAACGUGUUCAAGAGGCAAUAAAAAAUAUUGAUAAAGAAGACAAUUUUCAUGUUGUUAGAAGAUUUUCUUUAGCUGAUGGUGGUAAACCUAAAAAAUAUGAUACAAGUCAUGUUAAACCUGACGAUGCACUUAUAUAUGAUCGUCUUGGUGACGAACCAUUAAAAUUACAAAAUUUACUUUUCUAUUAUGAUAACAAAGAAGUAACACCUGGUUCAAUUGAUUGGGAAUUUUUAAAUGAAGUUCUUCAUGUAUUGAAAAUAAAAAGAAAACGAACUGUUCUUGUCCAAAGAUUAGGAAAAUUAGCAUUAGCAUUAGCUAUGGUUUUUUAUAUUAUUAUUGGUUUUAUGUUUUUUCUAUUGAUUAUCAGUUUUAUUACAACAGCAACAAAAAUGAAUGAUCCAGAGGUUCAAUGGGUGGACCCGAUUGUUAAUAAAGGUUCAACAAAUAUAUUUUCAUGA